AGCCAUUGAUAUUGACAAUCGAAGCGUGGAUGAGAGUUGAUAUUAGCUGACGUGUAGGUGAAGCAAGGCAUCAUAUGCACACUCUUGAUUGUUGAGAGAAAUAGCGCUUAUCGUUCGCUUAAUAUUUACGAGGUCAUGCGUUAACUUUAACAUCAAGAAUAUAAUCAACAGUGACAAAUCCGUGUCAACCGCCUAGAAGAAUGCGUGGCUUGCCAAACACAUCACUGUUGUUUCUGCUGGAAAUGGCACUGCAGAUGAGCUAAGACUCUUACCGCCGUGCUUGUCUGGAGUAGUACCGAUGAUGACUAUUCAUUUGUGGAAAUGUUAGGGAAUUCUGUGACCAGCAAGUUCCUCAUUUCAGAAACCAAUGUAAAUGGAAGGGCAUUAUGCAGGAUUUAAUAAUCCAAUUUGAUGUCACAAUGCUCUCGUUUGACUUAAUCAGCUUAGCUUAUAAUCGGCAGCUUGUCCAUCUCGACAAACGUCCUUAAUUGAAAGUUAAGGGAUCCUGAAUGAAAAAACGGAGCGUUAUUGCUUGUUACACAUGAAUCGAUUGGUACCGUGCGAAUUCUGCUGUCGUUGGCUGAACGUUCGGUUACAUUUGGACGUGACGCCGGAAAAUCGCAGUCUGGCUUGCACGCUCACCCAGACCCGAUUUUUGAUGCCAGAUGACAUGUACUUUCGAGACAAUUUGGAAUACAGUAGCCCACUGACACGCCAGUCUAAAAUAUGGACUGCAAAUGGAUACCGUACAAUUUGAACGGAUUGUCAGCAAGAGAAACCCAUAGAACGCAGCCGCUCGUUGUGUAUCUCAAAUGUUUGCUGGCUAACACCUUUCUCCGCUAACGCUCCAUCACUUAAGGCUGUGAGUUUUUACGGUCUGUAAGAUAUCUCAAGCAAGUGCAGCAGCAAACCCAAAGAGCAACUUUUUGCUUUGUAAUUCGCAUUGCCGACCGUUCAAAUCUUCGGACAAGACUCAUAUAUCUUAUGGUAGAAUUUGACUAAACGUCUAGUGCAUUGUCGUGUAUAAUAUUCAAAAUCAUAUGUUAAUAGCUACAGAAUGUGCUGCGUAUGUACACGCCCCUAUCGUCUUGAACCAGCGUUCCGAGCUCAAAAGUAAUUUAAAAAGCUAAGAGUUAAAGCUCAAACGUGUCUUUCUUCUUCUCUUUAGGUUUUUGUGGCGCUUCAUAUGAGUGAGGCCAAAACCUAGUACCGCAUUAGCU